UAUAGGUGAAUAUAUAGUAGUCGUUUUGGUGAUGCAUUAAUCCAUGAAAUUGAUGUAUGAUGUAACAGUUAGUGUCUUUGAUGACAUUUGACUUGAAAUGUUCACACUUUCAAGUGGAUUUGAUCUCAGUAACCAUUUGGGGACAUGACAUAGUACUAUGUGUCAUAGUUUAAAAUGCAACUUCCUGGUAAGAAAGGACAUUAAUGCAAAGCUAAAGGGGAGAGUGUCUCUGAGUGUCUUUGAAGAGAUGUUUGAACCUUUGGAUAUGGCAAGAUUGUUUGCACUCGGACCCUUAGUUUUGAUCCUAUGCUUGGUCUUAUGUACCACAGGAAGCCCAUGUCAGUACAGCGUUUUGGAGAGUGUGAAAGAAAAAGCAGCUCAUGUGGUGAAUAUCAAGGGCUCUGAGGACCAAAUUUACACAAUCAGGAUAAAGGAUAAGCACAAUGAGAUCCGUGCUGAGCAAAUAUCUAACCAAACUCCCUUUAAAAUUCCAUUUGAAUGGUUAAAACCAUGCACUGUGUACACCGUCAGUGUGGAUGACUGUGGACUCAGUGGAAGAAACACCUUUACUUCCAGUAAAAAUGGAGAAACUGUUUCAAAAACUGUUGUGAGAAGCGUGACAGAUAAUGAAGUGUGUUUGAAAGGAGUAUUCACUGAUAUUCAAUGGAAUCUGACUGAAUGUGUUGAAAUAACGGAGCAAAACUCUUGUGCCUCCACACACACCGUUGUACUGGACACAUGUAACUACACAAUGAAUGUUGCUCUGCCCCCAGUCAAGCCUCACAUAAACUUCAGCAAAACUAUUCCCUCUCAGUUUGAAUGGACGAAUAAACCAGCACAAUGUAAUGCUGCACUGCUUAUCAUCAACUGCAUUAAUAAUGAGAACAAAAACAGCAUAAUUUAUGGUUUAAAUACCCCAGUGUCAUUAUUACCAGACACAGAGUACACCUGCACUGGAGAAUAUCCUUAUGAGACACAACACAUCAAGAGUAAUGAGCUGUCCUUCAAAAUAAAAUGUGAUUGGCAAAAGAAUGGGCGGUUUCAGCCCCUAUCCAGCACCUCAUUGGAAAUCUCCUGGAAUUCACUCGAGGGAGAUAAAUGCUCAGGGAUUAAAUGGGAAAGUUAUUCAGUCAGCUGCAGUGAUGGAAACAGUCAAAAGAGUAAGAGCUCAAACUUUCCUGUUGUUUUACCAAUACAGCAUCACUGA